AUGAUGGCAGUUGGUGAAUUAGAGAUCUCCACCAACUCUGAUACCGUUGAAAUGGUGCACUCCCGGUUGACAACACCGCUGGUGCACAGUGACUUCCCCAUUAUAACAGGCGGGAAGUGGGAGGAGAACCGCACAUCGACGACCAGGAAGCCUGGCCAGCAGAGGCAGCGUGUCGCGCCGUGGCCGGGAGCGGUGAGGGCGGGUGACGUCUCGGACAAGCCACAGGAGGAGCACAGCGAGAUGCGCGAGUGCCUGUCCCUCCACAUCGGCCAGGCCGGCGUGCAACUCGGCAAUGCAUGCUGGGAACUGUACUGCCUGGAGCACCGCAUCAAGCCCGACGGUAAAAUGCGCCCUCCAAAGUCCGGCGGCUUGCAAGACGACUCCUUCCACACCUUCUUCAGCGAGACCGGGGCGGGGAAGCUCGUUCCCCGGGCCGUCUUCAUCGAUCUGGAGCCCACCGUGGUAGAUGAGGUCCGUACCGGCACCUACCGACAGCUCUUCCACCCUGAGCAGCUGAUCACCGGCAAGGAGGACGCGGCUAACAACUACGCCCGGGGCCACUGCUCCAUCGGCAAGGAGAUCGUGGAUUUGGUCCUGGAUCGCAUCCGGAAGCUGGCUGAUCUGUGCACGGGGCUCCAGGGUUUCCUCAUCUUCCACAGUUUCGGAGGAGGCACCGGCUCCGGUUUCACCUCCCUCCUGAUGGAGAGGCUCUCCGUCGACUACGGCAAGAAAUCCAAGCUGGAGUUUUCCGUCUACCCGGCUCCCCAGAUCUCCACCGCGGUGGUCGAGCCCUACAACGCGUUGCUGGUCACCCACAGCACCCUGGAGCACUCCGACUGCGCCUUCCUGGUGGACAACGAGGCCAUUUACAACAUCUGCCAGCGCAACCUGGACAUCGAGUGCCCGACCUACACCAACCUCAACCGCCUGGUGGCGCAGGUGGUGUCCUCCAUCACGGUCUCUCUGCGGUUCGAGGGCGCCCUCAACGUGGACCUGACGGAGUUCCAGACCAACCUGGUCCCCUACCCCCGCAUCCACUUCCCCCUGACCACCUACGCCCCCCUCAUCUCGAAGGAAGAGAACGAGGACACCUGGCACACCACGCUGAAGAUCACCAAGGCCUGCUUCAAGCCAGGCAACCAGAUGGUCAAGUGCGACCUCCACUCUGGCAAGUACAUGGCGUGCUGUAUGCUGUACCGAGGGGACGUGCCGGCGAAGGAGAUCAACACCUCCAUCGCCACCAUCAAGAGCAUGCGUGCGGUCAGCUUUGUGGAUUGGUGCCCAACCGGAUUCAAGGUCGGGAUCAACCAGCAGGCACCAACGCUGGUGCCAGGGGGUGACCUGCCCAGGCUCUCCCGUGCCGUCUGCAUGCUGAGCAACACCACCGCCAUCUCUUCGGCCUGGACCCGCCUGAACCUCAAGUUCGACAAGAUGUACGCCAAGCGGGCCUUCGUGCACUGGUACGUGGGUGAGGGCCUGGAGGAAGGGGAAUUCCAGGACUCACGGGAGGACUUGGCCUCCCUCGAGAGGGAUUACGAAGAGGUGGGCUACGACACAAUAUAUGGGGAUGGAGAAAAAGAGAGAGAGAGAGAAAUACAAACGCAGUUGGACAGAUGA